AUGGGGCAUAUUGAAUUGGCGCGUUGGGCCGAUUUGAUUUUAGUUGCACCUGCAAGUUGUGACACCAUCGCAAAGUUCGCCGCGGGUUUGGCUGACGACUUGCUCAGUACUUUGUAUUUGGCAACCAAAGCACCUGUUUGGGUUGCGCCUGCGAUGAAUCAGCAAAUGUGGGCAGCUAAGCCGACACAACGUAAUCUGAAUACCUUAGUUGAAGAUGGCGUACAUGUGAUUAUGCCUGAAGCAGGUUCGCAAGCUUGUGGUGAUGUCGGUUUAGGGCGUAUGCCUGAACCUGAAGAUUUAGCCGAACAAGUUAAAAAUUACUUCCAUCAAGCACAACGUGCGAUUGCUGAGAAGUUUGGCUUGCUUGCUGGAAAACGUGUGGUGAUUACUGCGGGACCAACACGUGAAGCGAUUGAUCCUGUACGUUAUAUUUCCAAUCACAGUACAGGGAAAAUGGGCUUUGCUAUUGCGGCAGCCUGUUAUUCAGCAGGGGCAAAAGUGACACUAUUGGCUGGUCCAGUCAGUUUGGAUACUCCGAAUGGCGUGCGUCGUAUCAAUGUUUCUUCUGCAAUAAAAAUGCUUGAUGAAAGCAUGCAUCAGCUUGAGGAAGGCUGUGACGUGUUUAUUGCAACUGCGGCUGUCGCUGACUAUCGUGUGGCAGAAGUUGCGGAACAUAAGAUUAAGAAAGCGGGUGAUGAGCUGAAUGUUUCGUUGGUGAAAAACCCUGAUAUUGUGGCGACCAUUGCACAGCAGUCAAAGCGCCCAUUUAUGGUGGGUUUUGCGGCUGAAACCCGUAAUGUAGAGGAAUAUGCAGCAGGAAAACUGGUUGCAAAAAAACUCGAUAUGAUUGCCUGCAAUGAUGUCUCGCGUGCUGAUAUUGGUUUUGCUUCUGAUCAAAAUGCGAUGACCGUGUUUUUUGCAGAACAGUAUCAGAUGGAAAAGCGUGAUUUAGAGAAAGCCUCGAAACAAGAGAUUGCACAACAAUUGGUUGAAGCGAUCCACGAUGCCUUACACCAUGAGAUUGAACCAAUUUAA